AGCGCGGAAUUCGUAUUCAUUCCAAUCCAUUGUUGAGGGAUUCUUCAAUACAAUAACCAUGGUUUAAUGGGGAGUUCGCGAUUGUUAAAUGGAGAUGUCCGCGCUGUCAAAUCAAGGCACGUGUGAAAAUAGCGCGGAAUUUAUUUACAUCGUUCGUAUUGUAUUUAGAGGGCUGUAGGGGUUUUAAAAACCAUCUCACGGAAUAAUUGGGCGGUCGUGAUGACUACAACUAUGCACGUGUGAAAAUAACGCCGAAAUUUUAUUCUUUUUUCCGUAUUGUUUUAGAGAAUAAGAAGUGAUUGCCAACCAUAACAGGCACGGUGAUAAACGUACGGCAAAGCCUUUGUCAAGGCUUAAUAACAAGUUAUACACGCUCACAGUGGUCGCUUUUUAUUAUUCUCCUAAUUCAAUAAAUUACUCGGGUAAGAUUAAACAGACAUCUCGCCUGGUGAUUCAGUCAUAGCUUGCCUAGAUCCUGGGCGAGAUGGGAGAACGAAGUUUGAGUUCUAAACGCAAGAAUUUUUCAUCGGAGUAUGAGCAAAGACCGAAACGAAUCCGAAAGCAAGUUGAACGAUAUGGAAUCAUACCACAAUGUAUUGUACCACCGAGGAAAAUUUCGGAAACUAGGAUGUCACGGAAACAAACUUCAUCUAAAUUGAGACGGAGUUCUUGUAAACUGAGGAGUCAUGCACAAACAGAAACAGAAUGUGUAGAAAAAGAAGAAAUUAUUGAAGAGAUAUCUUUAGAACUUUGUGACUUAAGCGAAGAAGUGUUACUUCUGAUCUUAGAGCGAAUUCCGGCUUUCGGUUUGAUAAAUUUGAGCAAAACUUCGACACAGUUUCAUCGUUUAUGUGUUAUGGAUACAAUUUGGAAACAGAGAUGUAAGAUUGAUUUCGGUCUCCACACAAGAUGGCCAGAAUUCUCCUUUAUUUAUUUGUACGAAAUGUUCUACAAAGCUGAUGCCCUUCGUUACGAUCAGAACUUUUUUAAGCCUGUCAGUCAGCUUAAAACCUCUGUCAUUGUUUGGUAUCUAAACCCAGAACCACCUUGUCAUGUUGUCGGUCACUUGACGGCUAGCCAAGUAAAGUCAAUUUGGGGAAUAACCGAGGAGGAAUUAGAGGAAAUGUACUUUGACGAAUCUGAUGAUAGGCCAGAUAUGUUCCCACUUUGUCAUUAUGAAUGGACGAAAUUAUACUCGGUAUUUGUCAAAAAGCACGGAGGUCGUAUCGCAAUGCAAAACUAUGUAUUAAAAAGAUGCCUAAGAAAUAGACAAGCUCUAGAAGAGCAUUAUCGACUGUCACUGCAUACUUCGCGACGGCAGAAAUGGUACCAAUACCUCGAAGACAGGGAUGUCGGCAACAGAGAUGCACUGCGAGCACUUACAGAGCAUAUGCCAAAAGUUACCUAUGUCUACAUGCUACACAAGAUAACUGCUAUGUAUAUUGACGGUCAGCUAAAGGGAGGAUUCCAAACUGUUAAGGACUAUGCAGAGUUUUGUGGAAGAUUCAAGAGCUGGCUAGAAGAAGAAAGCCUAAAGCUAUGGCCACCUAGACAUGGAGACGUUUUAGCACAAGAUUACAGAGAUGCGUUAGACUAUGUAAACAAAGAGCUUUCACUUGUUGCCGGGGAGCAGGAAUUAGCCGUAAAAGAUUUCUUGGACAAAGCAUGUAGUUUUGUAAAACGUCUUCACGAAGUUUGGUUGUGGCAAAACCAACAUGGGACACAGUACAGAAAGGAACAUCGAUCUUCGAUUCUCGUUCGAAGACACGACUGCUUCAGAAAAUACCUUGAAAAGGGCCACGUCGACGACUGGGUCAAGCUUCGAUUGUAUUUUGAAAGGCGAGAAAUUCUCAGUCAUUGGCUCAAAGACAAUAUGUGGCUCGUCUCCCUGCUUGGAGAUUCGGCCAUCCACAGUCUGCGACCUCCUUUGUGUUCUGCAGAAGUCCCCGUACCACUUCUAAAUGGAGACCCUGUGGCAUGCCUUGUGCAAAGGUUUCUAGAAACUGGACUUCCAUCAGACUUCAAUAAGAUUAGAAUGAAACUUGUGGACAUUUCAAAUUUACAAAUACGAAUUCUAGCUGAUAAAGUUCGAAAUAUGCAAGAGGGAAUUUGUGCGGACUCCUUACGGGCGGAUAGACAUUUCUACUUUGAUCGUCCUAGGCCGCGGAAAAUGAUAAUGCCGCGCGCACCACCUAUGAUGUAUCGAAACUCAACGCCAUACUAUCAUUGCAGAGGACACAUGCCAAAGUUUCCCAUGGACCCUCGAAUGAUGCUCGGGCAUCCGAGUUAAACGCAACCUUUCGGCAUUGUAUGAAGUAUAAUUGUGGAAGGAAACAAAAUUCAACGUAUUCGAAGAAACAGCUGAUUCGCGCGGUGAAUAGCACACGCGUAUGAUCACCCCAAUCGGUGUGCAUGUCUGCAGCUAAUUCUUCGUUUGAAGAUAUUCUGAUUAGGGUAUAACAGUUAAAAAUUAUCGAGUUUUCAAGUAACUGGAAAUGCAUUUGUUAAAGUCUUCGGUUUAAUUUAUUACAAAUUUUAUCCGAUAUUGCUAUUUUGGUGUAGAUAAAGACACGUCAGGCAUCCUUCAUCCUUCCUCUUUUUGCUUUAUUGAAGAGGUGUGAAUACGCUUUUCUUGAACACUGUUCAUCUUUCUGAUAGCAGCUGAACUUGUCAUUUUCGUACCGUCAUGUUGAUACAUCCAGAGUUUUUAUUAUUAAUGUAAAUAAAAAAAUCUUGAUUAUUAUAUAAUUAUAAUCGUUGUUAUUCAAAAUCAUCAAAUGAAGUAUAGAUACAAUAAUAGAUAUUCUGAUUCUUGUCUGGGUUAAUUAAAAACGUUAGUGCAUCUUUAAGUCGUGUCUUUCGUAACAUGCACGUCAUUCUUAUGGAGUAGAGAUUAUGUGAAUUUUAGAAAAAUUUAGAAACUAACUUUGCUGUAUUGUUCAUUCAAUAGAAUGAUUUCUUUUAAAUUGAAUCUAUGAAGUCAAGAUUAGAAUAUUAAACAGAUUAUUGCCCAUCCCACCCCCAUCCUACAGCCCCACCCCCAUCCUACAGCCCCGCCUAUUCUCAAAUCACUCUCAGGCAUUGGUUUAUAUAUAGUAGUACUUAAAAACUAUGUCCUUUUUCAAUAUACAUUGCUCAAAGUUUCAUAAAUUACAUCACAGCUGAGUGCUGAAUUUAAUUUAUUCUAUGCCGUUUUGCACGUGGCCCCAACUUCCUUGCCAAUAUUGUCUAUCAAAUAAGCACGAUGUCAAAAACAAUCACGAAGAAACCUCAAUUGGACUCAGACACCCCUAUGAAGGUUAUUAUAUGCCAACCAGGCAAAGACCCAAAGCGCACCUUUCUUCUAUUUUGUCUUUUUUCAUUUCCCAUUUUAUAUUAAAUGGCUCUUGAUAAAGGCCGUCCAACAUGAUAAGGGUAGCUUAUGAAUCCGUAAUUACUGUUCAAAAUCCGUGAUAUAUCUUGCUACCAGAAGAUUUUCUUACAUGAAAAUGGGGGACGAUCCCAUCGUGGUAUUUAUAUUGUUUUCCUAAGACGUUUGCAAGUAUAUAUCCACGUGAUUGCCUCUCCAAUCUACAUCCUAUCUAUGACGUCACCAAAGAUAUGCUAUAUGCUAGUGAAUACUGCAUUGCAGUAAAUACAACGAUACUCGCAUAAUUCUUUAGAAUUAAAUCAAUACAGCCACUGCAUUUUCUUUAUUCCCUUAGCUGUUAGGAAAAAGCCAUAAUUUCUUCUGUAGCAGAAAAAUAAAGAGUUUAUAAAUAAAUAUAUAAAAAAUAAAUUGUUUAGUUAAAUGUUCGAUGGAAACGCUCAAAUGUAAUGUAUGAUCAGUGUAUGUAUAUUGACUGUUUGGAUUUCAACAAACAAGUUUUAAAUGAAAUCUGAAAACCUUAUUUGUGGUGUUUUUCUCCUUUAUUUCAGAGUUAGAGUAGUUGUUUUUUCAGUCUAUGUCCAGUUGGAUGACCAGCAAAAGUAAGAUGGGGAUAAAUAAUGAGGCUAAUGAGCCGCCUUUCGGAGAUUUCAGCGACAUGUGCCCUGAAAGUCCAGCAAAAUGGAGGUCAAACUGUCGAAGACCGUGAAAUGGACUAAUGAAGAUAAAGUAUCCUUCAGUAAUCUGGGUUUUUUAUUUGUUUUCGAAGGUAGGUUUCCACAACGUCAGGAAGUUGUCCCUGGGAAGGCUAAACACCUUUCUGGACUCUGAUGCUAGAUCUAUCUUUAAACUGCAACUGCGCAGAAUUUUU